AACAGUUAAUGACUUUUGCGCUGUAUUAGACACGUACAGGGCAGCGUCCACACGUCCAGCAUGUCUACUUCAGUGUUGGCUUUUAUCGUUGUGAAGCUUUUGGUUUUAGAUUUUCAAAGUAUUUUAGGGGACCCAUCAAGCGGGAUUGCUGCCUUUAUUCAGUAUUCCCAAUGUUCAGCUUUUCAAGCACCACCAGUCAGUGGAGGAGUGCACACGGUACGUACAAAGACGGGAUGUGCCAGGAUGUGUUCUGAAGACCCGGCUUGUGUGGCUUACAGUGUCUCUGGACCUCUAUGCCGGACACACGAGGAGUUGUUCCAGACUGGAGAAUGCUACAGUGGAGGCUGGAAACAUUAUAAUAUUCAUAAACGCUGCAAGAAUGAGGGCUACACUGGCGUGGCAACACGGAAGUGUAAGUGUUACGGUGGAUACGUCGGUGACGACUGUGAGCGACUAAUGAUCGAUUGCUCUGAGGGUUUUACCAGCGGUCACUAUGACGGAGAAGAUGGUCUGUUUCUAGUUCACCCUGUGUUGUCUCCGGAACCCUUUCAAGUCUGGUGCAGGAUGGCGCAUGGCGGUAAUACAUAUAUACAGAGACAUGAGCGUAACUCCACAAGUUUCUACCGUACGUGGCAAGAUUACAAAGAUGGAUUCGGCGAUCCACGUUAUGACUUCUGGCUCGGAAACGACAAAAUCUCCCACAUUGUAAAUGGACGUGAUCACAAACUUUUCUUUAACUACAUAGAUGUUUUCACUCUUAAGUUCAGACAGCAGAUAUACACUGAAUUCAAACUAAACAGGAACAAUGAUUAUCAAAUGACAUUUGUGUUGACUUGGGGACACUCGGACCCUUCACAUCAUGGGGGUGAUUGUUUGGGCGCAUUGAAAGGGCAGCCCUUCUCUACCUUCGAUAGAGAUAAUGAUGACAGUCCUUUGAACUGUGCUGAAGAACACAAGUCUGGGUUCUGGUUCAAGAGAUGCACCCCCUGUAAUCCCAAUGGGGUUUGGUCAGAGACUCCAGACAAGAAGAGAGCUGGAUUACCUUGGGAGAUGUUCUGGACGCCUGCUUAUGGAGAUAACCUGAUACUCUCUUGUUCGAUCUUUUUGGUGGCCAUGUAA